UAAUCUUUUCCACAGAAAAAAGAAGGUAAAUAUGGUAAAUGGUAGAUUUUUAUAUAUUUUAUUCGAAAUGUGCGGCUUGCCAGGCAAUUAGUGGAUGAAUUUGAGGGCGCUUAUGGUUUUUGAAGCCAACAAGUGCAAAUGGCGAUGGAGAAUCAUCAAAGUGCAAUGAAAUAUUCGAAAUAUUUGCGGCACCGGCCUCUACACACUCGUGUUCCAUGAUAGAUGCCUCAGAGCAGAGAACUAUCUCCCUUAAAUAAUUGGCAGCACAGAAAAAGUCGCCCAAAGUGAGACAUCGCUUCUUCUGCGCAAAAUGCAAUGGAUUGGAUUGAUAUUUCUUCGAUCCGCAGAAGUCUCACUUUAAGACUUCUGUGGGCAUGUGUAUGCCGGCAUUUUUCGUUCACCAAUACACAAAAAGAUUAACCAGUGCUGCCAAUAGUUCAUCCACUGAUACACACACGAACACACAGCACUCAAGCCUCCACGACCUCUGACUGGGCAGCACUGUCGUGGUAGGCGUCUGUGUCGGGCAGUAAUUCCGAGAAACUUCAGCGUGUAUUAGUAGACCACUCCGCAUAAAUAAAAUAAAUUUCCCAUAAAUCAAUUUUUUUGUGCAACCGAUCGCCAUAAACAAACGAACAGACGACUGGGAGCCGAUUACUUCCAUUUCGCUCGAAGCAGUGAAGGUUCUCGUUCAGCGGUGUUUCUUUCCAAUAAACAUUUUCAUUUCUUUCUCGCACAAAAAGAUGUCGGAGAAUAACUUCAACUCAAAGUAUUUGGACGAUGACGAUGAGGACGAUGCGAUUGCUGCCUCUGAGGGCAAAGUUUCGAGCCAGGUGGCCAAGCGCAUCUGGCAGCCAACCAUCGAUGAUACUACCCCUGGGGUCUGGGAGCCGCCCGAGAAGCCCCUGCCCCACGUGGAGGAGGAUGCUCCGAUGAGUGCCGAGGCCCUGGCGGAGGCUCUAGCGGUGAGCGAGACCGCCUCGGACUUUAUACACGAAGUGGAGCGCUCUCUCUACGGCGACAACAGCAAGGAGAACGGCUCCGCCCAGUACUUCAAGGCGGCCGAGAAUUAUUCGCUGUUUGGCGCCAACUACAUGGGCUUGGAGGAGGACAAGAACAAAAAACCGCCGCCGGGCUUCGACCAAAGCUCCAGUCAGAUUGCGGCUGGAUCGGCCGGAGUAUCCGGCCAAAGCUACUCGGGGGGACCCUCUUCAUCCGGAAUGGGCGGCAUGGCAAUGUCCCAGCAGCCGCAGCACAAGGCCGCGAAUCAGCCAGGACCUGCAGCGCUGCUUCCACAGCAGCAGCAGCAUCCGCGUCAUCCUUCGCCAGCGACAGUGCCCAGGGUCAUAGCCGAGGCAGCAGCUCUGGCUGGAGCUGGGGCUGGCAUCGACAUUGGCCUGCACGCCCAUGGACAUCUGCCCAGUGCCACGGAAAUGGCCUUCGGACACAUUUACCAGGAGCUCAUGGGCAUGAAUUUCAAUCAGGCCAAUAUACAGCAGCAGCAACACCACCACCAGCAGCAGCAGCAGCACCACCACCAGCAGCAGCAGCAGCAGGCGGCUCUCCAGCAGCAGCAGCAGGCGGCUCUGAAGCAGCAGCAGCAGGCGGCUCUGAAGCAGCAGGCGGCUCUCCUCUCCUACGGCCAAAAGGCCGUAACAGCAACUGGCAUAGUCCCUGACCCACGCGACGUAUGUUCUCAAAGCGGUGUUUCUUGCGUAUCGUGCCCGUUUGCGUCGCCAGGUCCACUUCUGGGACAACUAGAGGACGGCCAGGACAUUACACUCCACACCCACAGAUUAGAUGACUAGUUUUAAAAUAUUUUGUUUGUUUGUUUUGUCGAGUUUGUCGUCGUCUCCUCUGGGCUGAUGACCGACAGCAUAGCAAGGCGUACUCUUAAACAGUCUUCAAAGUUAUUUAGUUCUACGACACACACAUUGCGGUCCGCCUCAGCAGAUGGAUCCCUGUGCCUGUGCCCAGAAUGUCGCGGCUCCGCGCGUACUGGAGUCCGAUUCCACACGAGGGCGAGGCAUGAGUUCAAUAUCUUCUUGUUGCUGCAGAGCGCCUCCCGGCUGCUGGGUUUUUGCAAUGAUUAAAAUGACCUUCAUUCCCUGAUGACAGACAGUCACUGGAAAACGGUCAAACUGGUCAAAAGACCAGUCCAACGCCUUCCUCUUCGAGGAGGACGUGCGGCAGCUGGCCGUCGGCUGGACCCACAAUGCGGCGCUGCUCCGCAACAACGAGAUCCUCAUGUGGGGCCGCAAGUGCUACGGACAGCUGGGCACGGGCUCGAUCAGCGAGCAGCAGGCGGUGCCCCAGCCACUGAGGCUCCGACGGCCAGACGCCUGCUCGCGUGCACAUGGGGGCAGAGCACGGCCUGCUGCGGACUACAGCCGGCGAGAUCUACACCUGGGGCUGGAACGAGCACGGAAACUGUGGCAACAACAGUACAGAGAAUGUAUGCAGCGCGUGAAGUUGGCCGGAGCUGGCUCGGGCUUCUGUUACGCCAUUUCCGAGUCGUCUGUUAAUUAAUUUUAUAAUAAAUGUUAAAAAUGCUUAAAAAUACUAAACGGAAUAUCGAAAUUAAGGUAUUUGAUGUCGGAUCAUGAGCAAAAUUGUACGAAUAAUCAAACCCAAGCAGUUGGCGCUCUUUCUUCCAUCGAUAGUUGAAGAAACAUCGAUGUAUCGAUAGUAACAAUGAAGUUUUUCAACCUUCAGCAGCUUUACUUGAACUCCGCGGAAUUUUCGUUGCAAAUACUAUUUGCCAUUUUUACAGUGAAAAUAAAGUGCUUUGUUUUUCAAAAACUUAAUCUUUUCCACAGAAAAAAGAAGAUGUCGGAGAAUAGCUUCAACUCAAAGUAUUUGGACGAUGACGAUGAGGACGAUGUGAUUGCUGCCUCUGAGGGUGUGUACCAAUGAAUCCUCUAAACUAAAUAUAAUCCACGCG